AAGGGGAAGAUGCCGUGGAAUAUUUUUUCUUAUGUGCUCUCGCAACUGCCCGGCCACUCCCAUCUUCUUGCGUUUUGUCAUAAUAUUUAUAGCGAGCCCUCAGAUAUCCUUCCAUUUCAGGCAGAAUAAUGUUGCAUUCUGUGGAUGCCUGUCGGACGAUGGACGAUCACUUAUCUUUCUCGAGACUCAAGGAAUCACUUAGGUUUAUUGACAUGAGAAAGAAGGUGGUGCAUGCCUGAUGUUAGCUACAAGUUUUCUUGAAUUCGCCAACAUUUUAAAACAGUAAAUGGAGACUUGGACAAAACCAAGACAACCUAGAGCAUUGAGAGAUCUACAUGGAGUGCGAUUGGUGCAUCAUACAUCACUCCAGGAAGAACCUCCUUCGAAGGGUGGAUUUCAACUUUCAAGCGAUGCACACUCAGAGAUUCCUGGAGAUGAUAGAGGAUUGUUCAUGGAGUUUGAAGAUGAUGUCAACUUUAAAGAUUCUGGGGCUUCUUCACCAUAUAUUCAUCUCAGAAGAAUCUGGCAAAUGAGGGCAGCAUCUCUGAGACCUGUGCAGUGCAAUCAUCUAGGUGAUCAGAGUCCGGCAGAAACCAUUGCCAAUGUGUUAACAUCACUGCCUUUCAUAUUUCUUGGAAUCCAAGCUCCAAGAAAGAGAAUGAGAAAUGUGUUUUAUGCAAAUUCUUUGAUUGCUGUUGGUGUCACAUCUUCUUUGUACCAUACUUCAAGAGGAGAUGCCAGAAAGUAUUUUAGAUGGGCAGACUAUGCUAUGAUUGCUACUACAACAAUUUGUCUUACAACAGCAUUGAGGAAUGACAACCCAAAAACAUUGAUUGUGGCAUCUGCUAUGAUGCUACCAUUUCAACCAUUUUUAGUCUCUGCUAUUCACACUGGAAUAAUGGAGUUGGAUUUUGCUAAAAGAGCAGCUUCAGAACCAGAAUUGAGAAAGGCCUACAACUUGCACACUGCUUCAUCUGUUGUAGGUGCUGCACUUUAUGUUGCAGAUGACAUGUUUCCCAAAACUCCAUAUCUUCAUGCAGGAUGGCAUCUUGCUGCAGCUGUUGGAGUUGCAACCUGCAAUAAGCUUCUUAAGUGACAAUGCUCUGACUAUCCUUUAAGGGUCCUUCGUAAUGACUGAAAAUUGCAAGCUUUGUGUGGUUUCUGUCAAAAUAGGAUUCCUUCCAUUCUAUAUAUGGAAUUUGAAAUAGAUUUGUUACUGAAUUGCAAAAUGUAUUUAGGACUGAAAAUCUCUAUGAAGCAGUAUGUAUGGCAUUUCUGUGAAGGAACUUGAUAGGAGGUUCCCACUUCGGUUAUUGUGAGUUUGUAUUCACAUAAUCGUUUGGUAAGAAUUCCAAUGAAAUAUACUAGAAUUGUCUUGAAACCAUCAUUAUCCAAAGCAAUUUAUUUGUCAGUUGGCAGUCAGUACCUCUCUGUAGAGUUACAUCAUGUGAUUUCUAGACAGUAUCUACAUGCCAAUUUCCUUUGGCAUCCCAAUUUCUGGCUUAUACACACCAAGAAGCUUGGGUAAGCGGAGGAUUGAUUCUAUGAAGUUUGAACAAAUGCUUGUUUGGUCA